AUGUCUACCGAACCCAAAGCGGAGGAGCCGGUGGAGAAGCGCGAGACUUCUCCGGAUUCUCGAAUUGAAGACCGCUCCCACAAGGAGCGCGUCGCCCAAUCAGCGGCCGAACGUGCUCGACGCAACAUCAAUGCUAAGCUCGCAAAUCCCCUCCAAGGCUACAGCUACAAUGAGCUCCAAAAGAUGGGCCGAGCAUACGCAUACGAGCAUGCUCUUGCCGAGAAAGACGACGUCCGAGCCUUGGAGAUCGGGGCUUGUUUAGCUCGAGAUCCCACGAACCUAAAGCAUGUGAAGGAGUUUGGAGUUACCGAUGAAGAGCAUGCCAUCUUGGAGAAGGAGAUUAGUCAUCGGUGGUCGCAGCCCUGGAUCCUGUAUCUGGUCAUCAUCCUUUGCUCAACUUGUGCUGCAGUUCAGGGAAUGGAUGAAACCGUCGUGAACGGAGCACAGCUGUUCUACAAGGGCCAAUUCGGCAUCGGUGGCGACGACCCUCGAUCAACUUGGCUUGUUGGACUUCUGAAUAGCGGUCCUUAUAUCUGCUGCGCCUUUAUAGGAUGCUGGCUCACUACUCCGUUCAAUAAUGUUUUCGGACGGCGAGGAACGAUCUUUAUUACUUGCCUCUUCAGUGCUAUUGCCUGCUUCUGGCAAGGCUUCGUCAACACCUGGUGGCAUAUGUUCGUCGCACGCUUAGCACUUGGUCUCGGUAUCGGCCCUAAAUCGGCCACUGUGCCCAUUUACGCAGCCGAAUGCACUCCUCCGGCGAUCCGCGGAGCACUCGUCAUGCAAUGGCAAAUGUGGACUGCUUUCGGCAUCAUGAUUGGCUAUGCAUCGGACUUGAUCUUCUAUGGCGUCCCCGAUACGAACAACAUCACAGGACUCAACUGGCGCCUUAUGAUGGCCUCCGCAAUGCUGCCUGCUGUAGUGGUCUGCUGCUUUGUCUUUAUGUGUCCCGAAUCACCUCGUUGGUAUAUGUCCAAGGGAAGGCAUGCAUCAGCAUAUCACUCUAUGGUAAGGCUACGUUAUUGCAAGGUUCAGGCAGCCAGAGAUCUGUUCUACAUGGCAGAGCUUCUGAAGGCGGAGGAGAACAUGAAGAUUGGGCAGAGCUUGAUUAAGGAGUUGUGGACCGUGCCUCGAAAUCGGCGCGCUUUGCUUGGGAGUGAGAUAGUUAUGUUUAUGCAACAGUUUUGCGGCGUCAACGUGAUUGCCUACUAUUCGUCCAGUAUCUUCUCAGACUCCGGAUUCAGUGACCAGUCUGCCCUUGCCGCCUCCCUCGGCUUCGGUAUCAUCAACUUCUUAUUCGCUAUACCAGCCGUCUACACGAUAGACACUUUCGGCCGCCGCAACCUGCUGCUCACCACGUUCCCGCUCAUGUCCCUCUGCCUGCUCUUCACCGGCUUCUCUUUCUGGAUCCCGGAUGGUUCCACUGGCCACGUCGCCUGCAUCGCCCUCGGUAUCUACCUGUUCGGCAUCGUGUACAGUCCGGGUGAAGGCCCUGUACCGUUCACAUACUCUGCGGAAGCGUAUCCCCUGUACGUUCGGACUAUUGGCAUGUCGUUGGCUACAGCGACGACAUGGUUCUUCAACGCCGUGCUGUCGAUCACGUGGCCGAGCUUGCUGCAGGCGUUCAAGCCGCAAGGAGCGUUUGGAUGGUAUGCCGCGUGGAACAUCAUCGGAUGGGUGCUCGUGCUGCUCUUCAUGCCCGAGACGAAGGGAAAGACGUUAGAGGAAUUGGACCAAAUCUUCUCCGUUCCUACACACAUUCACGCUGCCUAUGGCUUGCGCCAAGUGCCGUACUUCUUCAACCGCUACAUCUUCAGGCGUAAGGUCGAGCCCGAGCGUCUUUACGAGCGGGAGUAUCAUGACGAAAACGAGGUGGGAGGCGAUAUGAACGUCGUCUAA